GGGACCCUUUGGAGGGUAGAGGUUGGGGCCCCUUUGGAGGCUGAGUCAGUUUACUAAGUUCCCUCUGAAGAGCUGUGGCUAGAGGCUGGGGUCUCCUGGGAACCCUAAAAGGAGCUCUCAGCCAUCUGGGGGUCCCCGAGAAGAUGGGGGGCGGCACUGGAUACCUGGAGCUCCGAGGAGAAGCCAGGGCCCAGGGAGCCCCUCAAGCCCCGGCUUUGUCCCUUCUUUGCCAGCUGAAGGCCCACCAUGACCCUGUUCCACUUUGGAAAUUGUUUUGCCCUGGCGUACUUCCCCUACUUCAUCACGUACAAGUGCAGCGGCCUGUCAGAGUACAACGCUUUCUGGAAAUGUGUGCAGGCGGGAGCCACCUACCUCUUUGUGCAGCUGUGCAAGAUGCUGUUUCUCGCGACCUUCUUUCCCACGUGGGAAGGUGGAGCCGGCAUCUACGACUUCAUAGGGGAAUUCAUGAAGGCAACUGUGGACCUGGGCGACCUCGUGGGCCUCCACCUUGUCAUGUCUCGGAACGCCGGGAAGGGAGAGUACAAGGUUAUGGUGGCGGCCCUGGGGUGGGCCACAGCGGAGCUCAUCAUGUCCCGCUGUAUCCCUCUCUGGGUUGGAGCCAGGGGCAUCGAGUUCGAUUGGAAAUACAUCCAGAUGAGCAUUGAUUCCAACAUCAGCUUGGUCCACUAUAUUGCGGUCUCUGCCCUGGUGUGGAUGUUCACACGAUAUGACCUGCCACGAAACUUCCGUCCCCCAUUGACUCUGCUCUUGGGAAUCAGUGUCUACAAAGCCUUUAUCCUGGAGGCUUUUGUCCACCUCUUCUCCCUGGGCAGCUGGACGGCGCUGCUGGUCCGAGCGGUGAUGACUGGUGUCCUCGCCUUGAGUUCUCUCAGUCUCUUUGUCACUCUUGUACAUGGCAACUGACCCUCUCCUCUGACCUCUUCCAGGCACUCCACCUUCUGGGCUUUCUUGAGAAUUAAAAAAGUUCCUUUUUUUUUUUCCCA